AUGGUCAUCCGUUCCCAAUCUUCCGCGGCUGGCGUGCUCGCUCUCCUACAAGAACCAGACAUCGUAUUCAAGCAACAUGCUCUCAAAGCACUCAUUCCCCUUGUUCCUCAGUUUUGGGCUGAAAUUUCGGAGCACAUUGCACUUAUAGAAAGCUUAUACGAGUCCGAUGACCUUCCAAAGCCUGCUCGCCAUAAUGCUGCUUUGCUGGCUAGCAAAGUGUAUUAUUUCUUGGGAGAGUAUGACGAAGCCUUGUCCUUUGCCUUGGGCGCAGGGAGCGCGUUCCAGGCUGAGGCUCGCGCACAUGGUGCAGGCGAAUAUGUUGAAACAGUGAUAUCCAACGCAAUUGACCGAUACAUUGAUGCUCGGCUACAAGCUAUAAUAGAAAGCAUUUUUGAUCGCUGUAUUGAAGAGGGGGAGUACCGCCAGGCAAUUGGCAUUGCAUUGGAGUCUCAUCGUCUCGAUGUUGUGAACCGUAUAUAUAACUUGACUCACGACGUCUCCCUUCUCUCGUAUACGAUGGAAGCUGUUUUAGAUACAGGUUUCUCUCUCUCCUACCGCGAUCAAGUCCUGAACUUCCUCCUACCUCUCUUUCCUCCUCCAACAUCACUGUCAAAAUCCCCGCACAUUCAUGCACUUGCUCGGCUACUAGUCACCCUCAAUCGACCGUCGCUCGUCGUUCCACUCCUUACCUCCCUCAUUCCAAAGGAGAGGCUUCUUGCAUAUCAAUUCGCAUUCGACUUGGUUGAGGGAGGUGCUCGGGAAUUCUUGCAGGGGGUGAAAGCCGAUUUACCUGUGGGCAAGGAGGAAACGCAAGACAUAUACGACAAGCUCCGCAAAAUCUUGGAUGGGCAAGAGUCUGUCAAAUUAUACCUGGAAUUUUUGAAGCGUAACAAUAAAGUAGAUAUGCUAAUUCUGAAGAACACGAAGGACGUUCUGGAAGCCCGGACGUCUAUAUAUCAUACUGCGGUCACUCUACAGAACGCUUUCAUGCACGCCGGAACAACUUCUGACGUGUUCCUUCGCGAAAACCUUGAAUGGCUCGGUUUGGCGUCUAACUGGGCCAAGUUUUCUACGACCGCCGCCCUCGGUGUCAUUCACAAGGGUCAUUUCGAGGAGGGAAUGAACAUUCUUGGCCCAUACCUCCCCCAAGCAGGGGGCGAAAGCCAGAUCCAAGGGGCCGCCUACUCCGAGGGCGGUGCUCUUUAUGCUCUUGGUUUGAUCAACGCUGGCUGUGGUAGCGGCCAACCUGUUGAGAACUACCUUCGCGAGACCAUGAAAACCGCUCAGGGCGAGGUUGUGCAGCACGGUGCUGCUCUCGGCCUUGGUAUUUCAGCAAUGGGUGGAAGAAGUUCCGACGCAUACGACGACUUGAAGGAGACGCUGUUCACCGAUUCCGCAGUGGCCGGCGAAGCAGCUGGUUAUGCUAUGGGUCUCGUGAUGCUUGGCUCUGCAGAUCGGACCUCCGCGGAUGAGAUGUUGACGUAUGCUAGAGAGACGCAGCACGAGAAGAUCAUCCGCGGCCUGGCUAUGGGACUGGCGUUCAUAUUCUAUGGUCGCCAAGAGGAGGCAGACUCUACAAUUACUUCACUUUUGACUGAAAAGGACCCUAUCUUACGUUAUGGCGGUGUCUACACUCUCGCACUAGCUUACGCAGGGACGUCAAACAACGAUGCAGUGCGCCAGCUACUGCACAUCGCAGUCUCUGACACCUCAGAUGAUGUUAGGAGGGCAGCUGUGACCUCACUCGCCUUCCUCCUAUUCAAGAAUCCAGACCAAGUCCCCCGAAUUGUUCAGCUCCUCAGUGAAAGUUACAACCCACAUGUUCGUUGUGGCGCAACCCUAGCCCUGGGUAUCGCAUGCGCAGGCACCGGUCUUCAAGAUGCUGUUGAGAUCCUUGAGCCCAUGACCAAGGACGGCGUUGAUUUCGUGCGACAGGGUGCCUUUAUUGCCCUUGGUAUGAUCUUGGUCCAACAGUCAGAAGCCUCAUCUCCAUCCAUGUCCUCAACCCGUGCCCUCUAUACUAAAGUUGUGUCUGACAAGCACGAAGAUCCUAUGGCACGUUUUGGUGCUGCUAUUGGGCAAGGUUUGAUAGAUGCUGGUGGCCGUAACGUCACCAUUAGCUUGCAGAGUCGAGCGGGGAGCAAAAACACCAAUGCGAUCGUUGGUAUGACCAUGUUCUGCCAGUUCUGGUAUUGGUAUCCAUUAGCACAUUGCGCGUGCCUCGCGUUUGAACCAACCGCUAUCAUUGGCUUGAAUGAAGACUUGAAGGUGCCAAAGUUCGAGUUUGUCUCCAAUGCCAGACCCAGUCUUUUCGCCUAUCCACCUCCCGCCACACCUCCCAAACGGGAGACCUUCGCUAAAGCGGCUACCGCAGUUCUUUCGACAACCGCUAAGGUCAAAGCGAGAGAAAAGAGAAAAGCAGCUGCUGAUGCAGAUGUUAUGGAUACGGAUGAGAAGCCUGAGCAAAAGAAAGAUGGCGACGUUGAAAUGAAAGGUGAAGAGGGUCCUGCCGGCAAGCCUACGGAUGGCUCGCCUUCAACUAACGCUUCCGAAGACGUUAAGCCGAAACGGAAAUCAGAGCCUUCCUCAGAGAAUGUUGCGAACUUCUCCCGUGUUACCCCCACGCAACUCGCCUACAUCAGCUUCCCCCCUGAAGGACGGUAUCAACCCGUUCGUCCGGUAUCAUUGAACACAGUCCCGCCCAAGACUGGCGGCAAAGGGAACCCGAACCCUGGUGUCAGGAAGGCGCCAUCUGGUGUUGCCUUAGAGCGGUACGCGGGCGGGGGUGGUAUUCUCUUGAUGGUAGAUGAGAAGCCUGACACGGAGGCAGAGUUCAUUUCGUUUGAACCCCCCGUCGUAGAACCAGUACCGACUGAGAACGGACAUGCGCAACCGCAAGCCCUCGUACAUAGUGCCAGACCUUCGAUCCACAUCGCUUUAGAUGAGAAUUCGCCAGACGUUGACCCUCCAGAAUCAUUUGAGUACCCGUUUGACUCGUAAACUAUUAUCCACGCUGUAUCCUAACUGCAAUCGAACAUUUUCAAUAUUUAGAAAUUUAUCGUGCGAUACCUUAAGUUAUGUUCAAUCGAGUACACAGCUUUUCGUGAGGUACCACCGCUACUCGCAAGUUUUACUGCUCGGCUCCACUCUGCAGUUGCACUCCUCGUUUGUAAAAUCAGAUACCGAAUGUUUUAGUCGAUUUCU